AGGGUCUCGGGGUCGGCGCUCAGAGCGAUAGCGGCCCGGCAGGCGGAACGGGCAGCCGUUCCCUUGUUUCCCCGUCGUCCGUGCCGGGUUGGGGACGGACCGGUUCCUCCGCUGGCGGGGGGCGGUGCUGGCGGCGGCGCUCGGUGCCGAUGGCUCCUCUGAUGGCGGUGCUGCUCCUGGCGCGGCCCUUCUGCCGCGGCCCCGCCUGCCUGGGGAGGCUGCUCCGGCGGGAGGCGGGAGGCACGACCUGGGGCCGGUGGGGGCCCGGUGCCCGCCGCGGGGCCGGCGGGAGUGAGGUGCUUAGAAAAAGCCUUCAGAGGGUGGUUGUGCUCUCAACAGGGUCCUUUUUGGUUUAUGAAGCUCACAAGCUGAUUUCUGGCCUUGCUGAGGUUCAUGCAAGCUUCAAAGUGGAAGAAGUUAUAGAGCAAGCAGACUAUCUGUAUGGGAGUGGAGAAACUGAAAAGCUGCAUCAGUUGCUGGUUCAGCAUAAAAAUAGUGAGGACGCAGAGCUGUUGUGGAGGCUGGCACGGGCAUCCCGGGAUCUGGCUCAGCUCAGUAGUACCUCUGCAGAGGAGAAAAGAAAACUGACCUACGAAGCCUUUGAGUGUGCAAAAAGAGCACUUGAAAAGAAUGAAUCAAAUUCUGCAGCACACAAGUGGUAUGGAAUUUGUCUCAGUGAUGUUGGAGAUUUUGAAGGAAUAAAGACUAAAAUUGGAAAUGCCAUUGUUAUCAAAGAGCACUUUCAGAGAGCCAUUGAACUGAAUCCAAAAGAUGCUACAACAAUUCAUCUAAUAGGCAUUUGGUGUUACUCCUUUGCUGAAAUGCCAUGGUACCAAAGAAAAAUAGCUGCAACACUAUUUGCCACACCACCAACCUCCACAUUUCAAGAGGCUCUUCAUUACUUCCACAUGGCAGAAGAAGUUGACCCAAAUUUCUACAGCAAAAACUUGCUCUUUUUGGGGAAGACAUACUUGAAGUUAAACAAUAAAAAGCUGGCUCUUCUGUGGUUAAGUAAAGCCAAGGAGUAUCCUGCACAUACAGAAGAGGACAAACAGGUCCAGAAAGAAGCUUUGCAGUUGCUUAAUUCUAUAUAACAAGAAGCAAGAUGAUGGGAAUUCAGUGCCUCAGGUUUCAGCAGCAUAGGAAAAAGACCCCAAAUACUACUUUGGUUUAUUGAAGCUGCUAAUAGAAGUGCAGCCUAAACUUGCUAUCUCUAUCAUGUUUCAAUUAAACUGUCAUCUAGAAGAUCCUUUUCAUUAUGUGAUUCUCUCUGUUGAUUUACAUGGAAAUAAAGAGCUUUAUGGACAAGCAGGUUAUAUAUUGGAGGGGAGAGGCUGGGACAGUGGUUAUGCAGGUUUUUAAUUAAGCUUUUAUACCAUUCAGCUACAAGUUGUGAAUGAGGAAUAAAAUGAAAUUUGACUAGCAUAACUUUUUUAAGAAAGGAGGUGCAAGGCCAUGACAUAAAUAUCAUAAACCUUUCCACAGCAUUCUGUGGGGUACAACAGCCUUCAACAAUAGUGUUUAUGUUAUUAGCUGAUCCUACAGACUUCUCAUUAAGGCUGCAUAAGCAAUUUCAAUUCAGUUAAGUGCUGGUGUUCAACUUUUUGCAAAAAGUGCCGUAGUUAAAAAAAUUAAAAGUGAAGUAGGGAACACAUAAGAAAAUCCUUUUAUGGGUGAUGCCACCAUAUGAAGCACGCAAACUUCUGUUUCUAGAGACAAAGUAAAACUUUCUUCUCACUCUUGCUUAUUUUGGCAGGAAGUUUGACCAGAAAAAUCAACCCAAGUUAGAUAUCCAGCACAAAAAAUAGAAUUUCCAGACAAUAUAUUCUGAUUGCCCAACUGAAAGGGACCAAAUAACGAAAAAAAUGGUGGGCAAAUACACAGGGUACUGCCAGUAGAAAGUCUUAACAAUGUGGCAUAAAUUGACUAAAAAUACCUAGCGUUUGCUACAAUAGAAAUGGAUAUUGCAUUCUAUUGGAGGAAGAAGUUAAAAAGGGCAUAAAUUGCUCAGACUAACAAACCAAACCUGUGCCAAGUCAGAAAUUAAAUGCACAGCUGAGAGACAAUCUGGAGCUUUAAUUCUAGCCUCAAAUCAUGAAACCAGUUAAAAGGUGGUUUUCUCCUCUAUGGUAAAAUAAUUCUUAUUUUUCUAUUAAUAGAGCAUCAGAACGAAGUCUUAUGUAAGUUGAAGUCACAGGGUAGAUGUGUUUCUGAGAGAUUCUUAGAAUUUUUUGCAUUCAUACACUGAAAACAUCUGCCAUACACAAAACUGUGCCACAGUGCAGUUUAGGCAUCUUACUACUGUGCCUUUGCUGCUGCAUAGGACAGGAUCUACACAAAGAGGAAGGGUACCCAGAAAAGGCUGUUGAGUGUUGAGAGAAGAGCAGCUGCGGUGCUUGCAGGAAGGAAGGAACAAACAACCCCUGAGCUCUUGCAUCACCAGAUCCCUUGUCUGACCUCCAGCCUUUGCUGCCUUCCUUCUCUUUGCUAUCUCCUCUACAGUACAACUGAAUUAUGGAGAAUGAAAUAGGAAAGAAAAAAAAUUAAAUAAUUUUGUUGUGCUGUGUGUUUUUUGUUGUGUUUGGAUUUGUUUUUUUCAUGCUUACUAACUCCUGCCCACAGGGAAAAAACUACUGCAGUUGAGACAGCUAAAACUAUUAAAACAAUAAAGCCAACUACAUUCUUGUGA